AGUUGCAAACGUGAGUCCGAAGCGUGUGAACGUGAUUUCAGCUUCAGCUUUUCGCUGGUUCUCCUCGAUCUUCCCGAUUUCCUCGAUUUCCUCGAUUUGGGCGCAGUGGGAAAAGCCCCCCUGCCCCAAGGAAAAAAAAAACAGAAGCGGGACCCCAGAGGUCGCGGAAACUGCAUACGAUUUGCAGUGUGUGUGGAAAUAUGGACUUUAACACUAAUUUUCAUAGCCCUGCGUGUGAGUGUGAGCGUGCGAGUGUGAAAUCUGCGUAAAACAUUGCCAAAUCCUUUGACAGAUUUCUAUUUGCACCUAUUUUGCAUUCGACAUUUGGCUUUUGCCAUCGACGCGAGUGUCAAUCGAGUGAAAGUAAACAAUGGUGCGCACCCAAAUGGAUAGGCGAUCGCGGAUCGCUAAGCUAAUAACGACCGAGGUCACCAGUGGUGCGCUGCUGAUUUUGGCGGUGGCUCUGCCACUGGCCUCCGCCGGAUUCGGCUUCGAUUCGGCCAACUCGUGCAGUCCCAAUGGCAAGCUGUCGCGACGUGGUCGUGCCCAGAUGUUGGCUGCGAUCCCCUGCGAUCUGGGCCAGCAGGCCUUCUGCCAUUUGCCCGGAUCGGCGUAUCCGUGGCACGCCGUCCGGCGGUUCGUGCACGAGAACCAGGGCCUGAUGAAGCGCAUGUACGGCGAUGUGCGGCACAUCUCCAUUCUGCGGGACGAGAUCCAGAACAACGAGGUCGAUGCGGACGACAUUGAGCUGGCGGCGGAGCGGUACACCAAGGAUGCUGGCCGUCGGAGUGCCAAGUACCUGAUGAACGGCAGGGAUCGCGAUCGCGAACGGGAUCGCGAUGAUUUUGGUAGCUUUAAGAGCAAUGAUGUCCUCAUGGAGCCACACUUUCGACCGGUUUCCACGAGCACAACGAGUACGACAAAGGCGACGAUAACGACAGCUACUCCCACGGCAAGUAGUAGCACUACGGAGCAAACUCCCGAUAAAGUUACCACCACAACCACCAAUUCAAGUGGUAGUACAAGUACACCCACUGCCGCUGAUCCACCUUCGCCCGAACAACCUGAAGUUGAGGCGGACAUUGUGGAGAUCCAACCCAGUCCGGAGUCGAAUAGCGUCUACGAAGUGGUGCCCUCUUCGCCUCCAUCAAUGAACUCCACUGCAAAGCCACCUUCGCCACCUGCAGCUGGUGAAAAUAUCCAGAUUAUUGACUCACCACAGCUGGGUUUGCGUAACCUCAGCAUGGAGACCAAGCCAUCCCAGGAAGCACCCAUUGCACCCACCACUUUAAGGCCCUCUUCUCUGCCCAAGAGCUCGUCUGCCUCGGCCAGCAGGAGAAGGAAACCCUUGGAGACAACCACCACAACGCCAACGCCAACUCCGAAGACCUCCAGCAGCGUGACCACUCCAAUCACAACCACAACCACAACUACACCCACCGUGCUGAUCCGCCGGAAUGUAACCAAGUACUCACCCGCAUCCGUGACCACGCCCGUGAGCUUCGCCUCGCUCUUCUCCGGCACCUCCAGUGGGCUCUUCAGUCCGGAGAAGCUGCGCAGGCCCUUGACCACCAGCAGUACCAGUGCUCCAGUUUCAGCUCCAGUUCCAGUUCCUGUUCCUGCUUUGGUGGCGGGAGGAGCCGCAGUGGGAGCCACCGGAAGUGCCACCAAGUCGGGACUUCUGAGGGAGGGACAACUGUUCCAGGAUGCCAUGAAGCAGGAGCCCGUGGCGGUGGCCAACAACCUGCGGGGAGUAAAUGCCUGUCCCGUCAAGGAUGAAGUGGUGGCCCCCUUUUGGGCGAACAACACCCGUGGCGAGGUCCUGGCCCUGCUCAAUCUGUAUCCCUUCGAGCAGUACGUCCACUGGGAGAAGUGCACGCACGAGUUCAAGCAGAUGUUCUGCCGCGAUGGAUGCCGCUGUGAGCAGCAGUACCGCCUGCAUCGGCUGCUGGCCUACGAUCCGCACAACGAGUGCCGCGGCAUCUUCUCCGACUGGUUCCGCUUCCCGUCCAGCUGCAUCUGCAAGUGCUACAACAUCCCCAUGGAGUUUCGGGCCACCUCGCGCAGUCCGCGCUCCGACAGCCGCUUCGAUGGCCCCAACUCUGAUCCCAUCGAGGCGGCGGAGGCGGAGGUCCAGCGGGCCAUCUACGAACAUGCCACGGACGAGUGGUACCGCCCACGCGAUGAGUUCGACUUCCUGGAGGGGUAAUCUUUAUCUCCAACUCUAUUCCUCCUAUGAUCAAUUGUACAGUAGCCUUAGAUUUCAAGAGUAAUAAGUUAAGCAUUCUAUCUUCUAACUCUAGUUUAUACCCCAAUUUAAUACCCUAAUUUACUUUAAGAUGCGGCAUUAUGUUAAUGUAAAUAUAGGCCAACAUAA